AUGGUGAACGAGUCAGAGAAUACGCCACAGGCCUCGACCUUGGCGGAUGAAGAUCAAAUGGCUGAUCCUAGCAAUAACGAUUCACAAGAGGAUAUUAGCCUGGGCGAUUUUAACGAUGUUACUUCGUUAUCCUCAUUGAAGGCUAUUCGAUCCGGAAACGAAAACGCAAGCGGAAAUGAGCAGGCUAAUCGUAACGAUGAGGUCGAAGAGGAUCCCUUGCUAACCCGGUAUCAUACCGCUUGCCAAAAAGGUGAUCUAGCGACUGUUAGGGAAAUGAUACAUGGAAAAUUGCUUGAGGUUAAUAACGACGGUGAUCCUGUUGAACAUAUCACUGGUUUACAUUGGGCAAGUAUCAAUAACCGGCUUUCCGUAGUAGAUUUUCUCGUUUCACAGGGCUCUGAUGUCAAUGCAAGGGCAGGCGCUUUGCAUGCUACACCAUUACAUUGGGCUGCAAGAUAUGGGUAUGUGUAUAUUGUGGAUUUUCUGCUCAAACACGGAGCUGAUCCUACUAUGACCGAUGAGCAGGGUUUCAAUCUACUGCAUUUAUCCGUGAAUAGCUCGAAUAUAAUGCUAGUUCUGUACGUUCUGUUCAAUGUUGUUAGCAAAGGUCUUUUAGAUGUAGAUUGCCAGGAUCCAAAGGGCAGAACAUCUCUACUAUGGGCCGCUUACCAGGGAGAUUCCUUAACUGUAGCAGUGUUAUUAAAAUUUGGCGCAAAUAUUAAAAUUGCGGAUACGGAAGGGUUCACCCCACUGCACUGGGGUACUGUCAAAGGUCAACCACAUGUACUUAAGUACUUAAUACAAGGUGGUGCUGAUUUUUUUUUGAAAACAGAUACUGGAAAAGACUGCUUCGCUAUCGCGCAAGAAAUGAACACCGUAUAUUCACUUAGAGAGGCUCUAACACAUUCUGGGUUCGAUAACCAUGGUUAUCCGAUUAAAAAAUGGUUCAAAAAAAGUCAACAUGCUAAAUUAGUUACAUUCAUCACACCAUUUCUAUUUUUAGGUGUCUCAUUUGCUCUUUUAUCUCAUAUCAACUUCCUGUUUGCUAUUAUUAUUCUUUUUUUAUUUGCUAUUGCUACUAAUAAAAUUUUGAACAAAUUUGUUCUGCCGUCAUAUGGGCGAAUGGGUGUCCAUAAUGUCACCUUAUUAAGGUCACCUUUGUUAUCCGGUGUUUUUUUUGGCACUUUACUUUGGGUGACCAUCAUUUGGUUUUUCAAAGUCAUGCCUUGGACAUUUUCUGAUAAGCGCUAUACUAAUGUACUAAUGCUGGUAAUACUUUUGUUAGUGUUUUACCUUUUCGGCCAGCUUGUUCAUCUUGACCCAGGGUGCCUCCCAGAAGAAACUAAUCACGAAAACGUUCGACAAACAAUUUCAGAGUUGCUUCAAAUCGGUAAAUUUGAUACAAAGAGCUUUUGUAUUGAAACAUGGACUAGGAAACCUCUAAGAAGCAAAUAUUCGUCUCUGAAUAAUGCUGUGGUUGCAAGAUUUGACCAUUAUUGCCCUUGGAUUUUUAAUGACGUCGGACUUAAGAACCACAAAGCGUUUAUAUUUUUUAUUACGUCAAUGGAAAGUGGUAUUUUUACUUUCUUAGCGCUUUGCCUGGAAUACUUCGACGAGCUUGAGGACGCGUAUGAAGAAAUAUCUCAGAAAAAUUCCAAAUGCUUUAUUUUAGGAGAUUCAGAUCUCUGUUCAGGACUAGCGCAUGAUAAGUUUACCUUUUUAAUCAUGUUAUGGGCUUUGUUACAAUCUAUUUGGGUUGCAAGUUUGAUCUUUGUCCAAGCUUUUCAAAUUUGUAAAGGGUUGACAAACUCGGAGUUUAAUGUUUUGAUGAAAGAAAGUAAGGCAAUUGGCCCCGAUGGUCUAUCUUUGAAUGAAAACUUUAACACUACGCCAGAAGGAUUUGCGCCCUCAAUUGAGUCUGGUGAGGAGAAUAGUGACACUGUACUAUCUCCGGUUCCUGGUUCAAUGAUAAGAAAACCACGGACUUGUUUUGGUGUUUGUUACACGGUGACCGGUAUGGAUCAGUGGUUAGCGGUUAUAAAAGAGACCAUUGGCAUUAAAGAUAGUACCGGGCACAAUUUAUAUUCAAUUACAUCCAAAAUACCAACAAACUACGGUUGGAAAAGAAAUAUUAAGGACUUUUGGCUUACAAGCGAUGUAAAUGCGCCAUUAUGGAGGCGAAUUUUAUAUUCUCCUUCGGGUUCGAAAGCUUUACUUAACGGCACAGAAGUCGAUUAUUUCAAACUUUACAAAUUGCCAAAUAAGGAUGUAGAGCAAGGAAGUGAUAUGGUUUGA